AUGUUGGACGAAAAGAUCAAAAGUCAUCAUGUUGAAAAUAUCAGAAAUAAAGGCUCCACUGAGCUAAUAAACGCAAGGGCAGGAAAUAAUGCGAUCACUAACAUCAGGAACUGCAAAGACGAUAGACAUCGUGUUAUGCUCGAUUAUCAAAAUCCAAAUGAAUAUCAGGGAACGCGAGUUCAGGCGGAUCAAAAUAAAGGAAAUAUUUCAAAAUUAUUAUCUAAAGUUGAUAAUAGAGAUCGUCCGGAAGGUGUGGUGUAUCACACAAAGUCUCGCAAGAACAGAAACUGUAAUCCUGCUAUUGGUGAAUCGACAGUUAUUUUGCCCCGUCAGAACGAAUCUUCUUAUGAGGACUCAUCAAAAUCUUUUUCGUCUUCGUUCUCUUCUGUGCGAUCAUCAUCAUUUGUGAAGAGUGAGGGUAACUCAUCGCCUAACAGCUCUUGUGAUGAUUCCGACAGCUACGCGAGGGCGUCGUCAGGGACUGACGCUCAUUAUUCUUCCGACGACGAUAUCAGAUCGUCUACUUCUUCCACCUCCAGCGAUGAGGCCAUGGUGAGGGGUGGGUGUCCAAAAAAUAAAUCUUCAAGGCAACAUCCUAUAGAAAGUCGGAAGCAUGAACGUCGACCAAAGAUACACGAAUCACAAAUUCAGCGAUGGCAAUCAAAAACUCAUAAUAUUUUUUCCUCCCUACGCGAUGAGAUCUCUUAUUUGUCAGACACUUCGAGCGGAGGUUCAGUCCCUCUUUCAAUAUUCUCUUUGUCAACAUCACGACAACGCGAGUAUAGUAGCACACCGAUCACGUCCUCUAUGGAAUCGGUUUUCAGACAGAAUUCUCUUGCUUUUGCUCUGACUUCUUAUUUGCCAUUUGAGAUAUUCAUCCACGUGUGUAGCUUUCUUGGUGAAAAGGAAUACUGUACGCUGCUAGAGGUGAAUCGAAGCCUUGCUGCGGCGAUAACCCAUGCAGAUGGGUCCAUCUGGCGCGACCUGUGCUUACAUCAGUGGCAGUAUAAGCAAGGCUUCCAGAAAUUUGUUAUGCAGCUGGACCACCUCAAACGGGUGGCAAUAAUGAGUGAACUGGAAAUUUUAUCCCUGCAGCAGCAUAUGAUGAUGUCGGCUGAGAGGGGUUGCCAUCAUGCACACAACCAUCACUGGUCAUUCAAUCAGCGCCCCAAUGCACAGAAAACGGAGGUUGGUGAGGAAACGGACGAUGGAGUAAGACGCGAUGCGACCUUUGAUGCUGCAAAGCUAACCAAAAAUGAUUAUUACUAUAACAGCGGUACAAAAGGUUCUGAUCUGGUGUCAACUUAUGGCAAUACCACGCUUCUGGCGCAUCGUCGCCAUGAUGCGUUUUGGCGAAUGUAUCAGCAUCAGCUGCAAAAGAAGAAAAAGAAGGAAGGAAAACAAUACCAAGGUGAAGAAAGGGGUUCUAGAGAACGUAGCGAGGAUAUGAGUGGAUCGACCUCAGCAAGCACAAGCAACUGGGGCGUUGGCAGUGAAGAUAAUGCAGCGGAGGAAUCCAACGAUGAAGAACAGUUGCCGUGCGCUAAACAUACAAAGGAGCGAGUUUACACAAGCAGUCGUGAUGAUGAUAGCAAGCUCAUCGGUUCUGGCUGCAGAGGCCGUGGGGUUAAGAGCAUCAUGUGCCCUAAUACUAGGAAUUCAAGCAAAAAUGACGAAAAAUGUAACGCGGCUAAAGUAACGCCCCCUUCUAAUGCGCGAAGCGCGUGCUAUUCUCAAAAUGGGCGCAAGCGAAGCCAAUCAAAGCCGCCACACCGCUCAUCUAGGAAAGACGUUCGAACUCUGAAACGCCACAAAUUGGCAGUAAAGGGGAAACGUAGCCAAAAGCACCGUCCGCGUGGUCGCAACCGACAAAGAGGUCGCUGUGGUCAACGCGCCAAACUCCGGCGACGCCAAAAAAGGUCAUCCCGAAGACGACGUCAAAAAAAAAGCUCAGGGCACCACUCUUCGAGGCGUUCAGCGAUCCACAAGGCAAGCAAGAGCGCCCGCAGAAGACGACGACAUCGGCGCUCCAAACAAAGACAGCUACUUCGCCAGAAGCAAAAUGAACCUCCAAUUCCCUACCAGGUCGGCAGGGGCUAUCACGAGGAGGAAGACGUGGGGGACUUGCUAAACCCAACCCCAACGUAUGCGGCUAUCCAAAGCACCACACCCGCCUUAAGUGCCGCAAGACAGAUCGUUUCUUCGCCCACCAUGCGCCCCGCAGCUCUCGCACUCCCGUCAGCUGAACUCGUGGAGAACCCACAAGAAAAAUACCCGCGUACGCCUCAAAUAGGGUCUGGAGAACAACAAACCCAAAUAGCCCAAGACUCUUCAGAGCUUUAUUGGUGGGAAAUGAAUCCUGCAGAACGCCAGCGGGCGCUUUGCAGUCAACAGGGCCGGCUCGACAAAAGCUUUUACGAUGGAAGUGGUUCUAGCAACCAGAGUGGCUCCCACGCGACGGAGGACUGUGAAGAGGCUCUGUGGGCUUCCUUUGACAUCGCAGAUGCUUACAACGGCUCCUCCUCUUAUCAAGAAAACGUGCUCGGCUUUAGCGCGAGUUUGAAGGGUACUCGAAGUGGACACUCUCGUCGGACAUCACCCACACGCAGAAGCCAAGGAAACAGCUCAGCAGUAGUAAAAGGUGAGUACAGUGAAGCAGUGAGACAUCCAUCGGCCGUAUGUGGCGUUAGUCUAAAGAACAGAGCGAGGGGAGUAAAGGACUCGGAAAACGCACGGAGGGGGCAGAGGGAAUCUACCAUAGCGGCAGCAUCUGAUGCACCGCCAGCUUCUCUGAGACUUCAUCCACAGUACCUCUCGCACACAUGCUCAAAUAUCUUGAACAGUAAAUUUCGAGAUGAAAGCAUACAGUCGUUAGAACGCGACGCCUCAUCCCACGUGUAUUCCCACAGAAGCAGCUUAUCAGAAGGGACUUCAGAUUCUUUGAAGCCCAAUUCAAACAAACGGCAUAAAGCGUUCUCUCGCCACAAUAAGGAGGGAGCUGCACAGGAUAGCCGUCAAAAAGUAGUCGAUGUCAAGGUGCGUCGGGCAUCACGUCUAGCAGGAGAAAGUCACACCUCUUCCAGCAAGCAAACACGCGUUAGGACAACUGAUCAAACCCAUCCGGCACCAGUCUCGCAGCCGAAUGCGGCCUCGUGGACUCGGCCCUCCGAUGACCUCCGACACACACGAACAAAGGGACACCACGGGAGAAGGGAAACCCCGGCCUCUAGAAGCAGUCGAUGCAGCAAAGGAUCCAACACCCCGAGGCGGCGAAAAUCUAAACCACUUCCCAGCCGGGCUCUUCUCACCCUCAUGGGAGGCGGGGACCCGUGUCAAUCCACGGAGGAACGUCACGACCCUUCCAGCAGUAUCGAACGGGACAUGCGGCUGACCCGUUCGAAGAGUAUCCUCAUCCACGCCUUAACCAGACACGGCUCUUUGUUCCAUCUACACCCACCCCUUCCAGAGGGUCGACGAGUUACAGGCCCUUCCCCGAGUCGUCCCGGCCCGUGCCCCAUCGAUGGGGCACUGUGCUGUGGCUAUGAGGAAGGCGUCCGUGGGGCCCAGGCGUUGGGGCUCUCUACCCUACCCUCCCUCCCCUCCCAGGUCGCGCAUUCCGUUUGUUUAGUCCAGCCGACCCGGCUCGGUUCGGUGGGGGCGGUGAGCUCGCUCCCGCUGCUGCAGCAGUCCUCCUCCCUCUCGUCGUUGGCGGCGCCAGUCGCACAUCACACGGGGGAGGUCGCCCAACCCAACCACAGUGCCUUGAAUGCGUUCAAUGUGGAGUGGGAAAACAGCAGUGAGGUUGACAUAGAUGGUAAGGUCGAUAAUGUUUCGCCCAUUUCGUGGAAGUUCGCGUACUACAUGUCUCGUCGUGAAGCGCGUCGGCGCACCAUUGUGUUGCAGGACCUUUUAGAAGGCGUUUGGAUGGUAUGCUUCCGCAAGAGUGGCCAGACCCAUCCGGCACGCUUUUUACGUGACCGAAGGCUCCUGGUGUACCCUGCCUUGUUCGGGCCAAUGAACAACCCCCCGAGCGUGCCCACCACACGCGGUGGUAAUACCACGAGGACAACCACAGAGGAUUUGUUCGGGCCCCCACUGAACUUUCAUAUCCUGCAUGGCGGCGCGCUGCUUGCGGUCAACAACUUCGACCCACUGAAGGUGUCUAGACGGUCGCAUCUGGGUGCUGCUGCUACUCCUUCACAGGUGAAUAGCACACACCCGCACGACCAGCAGGCUGGGCAAGUGCCGAACGCCGAGCUGAGGGCUCAACCAGUAAGAACCAGAGGGGGCAACGAGCCCUGCCCGCGCGCAGGCAUACAGGCACAGAAUGCCGCGGAGGCUUUUGCCCGUGAGCCGUGGGAUACGCUAAAGCGAAUCCGGCAAGAAGCGAGCCGCCGUAAGAAAGAGCAAAAUGAAGGCUCACAUUGUUCGAACAUCUCAUCUAGCUGUGCUAAUAAAGUCGCCGUAUCGGGGCCUCCGCAGUCGGGCGGAGAUGCAUGGCCCUCUGUGUCCGAGGCGAUCAACAGAAUCAAAACUCAAACGGCAACUAAAAUGUAUCAGACCGGACCUUCUGGCGACGAGAAGGAUUCCCAAGGAGAUUCGGAGGGUGAAACGACUGUGUAUACAGCGAAAACCCUAGAAGAACACGAAGCAGAGCUAGCUGAGCUGCAACAGUGGGAAAGCGGUGGUGUUGGUGAUGUUGGUGAUGAUUGGGGGUGGACGAUGAGCAACUUGCAUGUCAAAAUCUUCUCAAUUGACGCUCAAUCACCUUUUUACGUUAAAAGCCUGCGGCGAAUUGCAGGGAUUGGGAUAGUGUGA